AUGAAUCAUCUUCAGAAUCUGAAGGUAUUGUCAUUCCUAAUGAACAACUUAACAGGUUCCAUACCGGCCACCGUUUUCAACAUAUCUUCUUUGCUCAAUAUUAGUCUCUCCAAUAAUAACCUCUCUGGGAGUCUUCCCAUGGAUAUGUGCUACGCCAAUCCAAAGCUCAAGGAGCUUAAUCUUUCAUCAAAUCAUUUGAGUGGAAAGAUUCCCACUGGUUUAGGCCAAUGUAUAAAGCUUCAAGUAAUUUCCUUAGCAUAUAAUGAUUUCACGGGAAGCAUACCAAGUGGAAUCGGUAACUUGGUGGAGCUUCAGAGAUUGUCUUUACGGAAUAACAGCUUCACAGGAGAAAUACCUCAAUUACUGUUCAACAUCUCUUCAUUGAGGUUUUUGAAUCUGAUGGCAAAUAACCUAGAAGGAGAAAUACCUGAAUUACUCUUCAACAUCUCUUCAUUGAGGUUUUUGAAUCUGGCAGUAAAUAACCUAGAAGGUGAAAUCCCCUCUAAUUUGUCGCAUUGCAGAGAGCUCCGAGUGCUAUCAUUAUCUUUCAAUCAGUUCACUGGAGGCAUUCCACAAGCCAUAGGGAGUUUAUCCAACCUUGAAGAAUUAUAUCUUAGUUAUAACAAAUUGACAGGUGGAAUUCCUAGAGAGAUUGGGAAUCUUUCAAAUUUAAAUAUUUUGCAGUUAAGAUCUAAUGGGAUAAGUGGCCCUAUUCCUGCCGAAAUUUUCAAUAUCUCUUCAUUGCAAGGGAUUGGUUUCGGUAAUAAUAGCCUUUCUGGGAGUCUUCCAAUGGAUAUUUGCAAACAUCUUCCUAAUCUCCAAUGGCUAUAUCUUUAUCAGAAUCAUCUCAGUGGUCAACUUCCUACAACUCUAUCCUUAUGUGGAGAGCUCCUGUACCUGUCACUAUCAAUCAAUAAAUUCAGAGGAAGCAUACCAAGAGAAAUUGGCAACUUAUCAAAGCUUGAAGAGAUCCAUCUAUAUGACAAUAGCCUCGUAGGUUCCAUUCCAACUUCAUUUGGUAAUUUGAAGGCCUUAAAAUUUCUUAAUUUGGGGAUAAACAAUCUUACGGGGACGGUACCAGAAGCUAUUUUUAACAUCUCUGAACUACAGACCCUUGUGUUGGUGCAAAAUCACCUUUCAGGUAGUCUCCCAUCAAGUAUUGGCACCUGGCUCCUGGAUCUUAAAGGGCUUUUUAUAGGAGGCAAUGAAUUCAAUGGAAUAAUUCCAAUGUCUAUUUCAAAUAUGUCAAAACUUACCAAGCUAGGUUUAUCGGUUAACUCCUUCACUGGUAAUGUGCCAAAAGAUCUCGGUAACCUGACAAAGCUUGAAGUUCUCAACCUUGCAAGCAAUCAAUUGACUGAUGAACACGUAGCCUCUGAGGUUGGUUUUCUUACUUCUUUGACAAAUUGCAAAUUUUUGAAAAAUUUGUGGAUAGGAAAUAAUCCUUUCAAAGGUACUCUUCCAAAUUCACUAGGGAAUCUUCCCAUUGCUCUUGAAAGUUUUACUGCAUCAGCCUGCCAAUUCAGAGGAACCAUUCCCACAGGAAUUGGUAAUUUGACCAAUUUGAUAAAGUUGAACCUGGGAGCUAAUGACUUGACAGGGUCAAUUCCAACUACAUUGGGACAGCUACAGAAGCUUCAGUGGUUGUCCAUUGCUGGAAAUAGAAUACGAGGAUCCAUUCCAAAUGAUCUUUGUCAUUUGAAGGACUUGGGAUACUUGUUUUUGAGUUCUAACAAACUGUCUGCAUCAAUCCCAAGUUGUUUUGGAGAUCUUUCUGCGCUACAAAAACUCUUUCUUGACUCCAAUGCGUUAGCUUUCAACAUUCCUACAUCCUUGUGGAGCCUUAAAGAUCUGUUGGUUCUUAACUUGUCUUCAAAUUUCCUAACUGGCAAUCUACCUCCCGAAGUUGGAAACAUGAAGGCCAUUACAACAUUGGACCUGUCAAAGAACCUAGUUUCAGGUCACAUUCCAAGAAGGAUGGGAGAACAACAAAAUUUGGCUAAACUCUCCUUGUCCCAAAAUAAACUACAAGGCCCAAUACCUAUAGAAUUUGGUGAUUUGGUAAGCUUGGAAUCAUUGGAUCUGUCCCAGAACAAUUUAUCUGGAAUCAUUCCCAAGUCAUUAGAGGCCCUUAUUUAUCUCAAGUAUCUAAAUGUUUCUUUCAAUAAACUACAUGGAGAAAUUCCGGACGGGGGACCUUUCGUAAAUUUCACUACUGAAUCGUUCAUUUUCAAUGAAGCCUUGUGUGGAGCACCUCAUUUUCAAGUCAUAUCAUGUGAUAAAAACACUCGCAGUCAAUCAUGGAAGACACAGUCAUUCGUCUUGAAAUAUAUUCUACUACCAGUCGGAUCAAUAGUAACUUUAGUGGUUUUCAUUGUUUUGUGGAUACGUAGACGAGAUAACAUGGAAAUACCAACUCCAAUUCACUCAUGGCUCCCUGGAACACAUGAAAAGAUUUCACACCAACAGCUUCUUUAUGCAACAAACGACUUUGGUGAAGACAAUUUGAUUGGGAAAGGAAGCCAGGGCAUGGUAUAUAAAGGGGUAUUAUCUAAUGGCUUCACUGUUGCUAUAAAGGUUUUCAAUUUAGAAUUCCGAGGAGCCUUGAGGAGUUUCGAUUCAGAAUGUGAAGUGAUGCAAAGGAUUCGCCACCGAAAUCUUGUCAGGAUAAUUACCUGUUGCUCAACCGAUUUCAAAGCAUUGGUGCUCGAAUAUAUGCCUAAUGGAAGUCUUGAGAAGUGGUUGUAUUCCCACAACUAUUUUUUGGAUCUCAUCCAAAGAUUAAACAUUAUGAUAGAUGUAGCAUCAGCAUUAGAGUACCUUCAUCAUGAUUGUUCGAGCCUUGUGGUGCAUUGCGACUUGAAGCCCAGUAAUGUUUUGUUAGAUGACGAUAUGGUUGCACAUGUGGCCGAUUUUGGGAUUGCAAAACUCUUGACUAAAACAGAGUCUAUGCAGCAAACAAAGACCUUAGGCACAAUAGGCUAUAUGGCACCAGAGCAUGGCUCAGAUGGGAUAGUAUCCACAAAGAGCGAUGUUUAUAGCUAUGGGAUCUUGUUGAUGGAAGUAUUUGCAAGGAAGAAGCCUAUGGAUGAAAUGUUCACUGGGGAUCUAACCUUGAAGACUUGGGUAGAGUCAUUAUCCAAUUCAGUGAUACAGGUUGUUGAUGCUAAUCUAUUGAGAAGAGAAGAUGAAGACCUUGCCACAAAGCUAAGUUGUUUGUCCUCUAUUAUGGCUUUAGCUUUGGCAUGUACAACCGAUUCACCUGAGGAGAGGAUUGAUAUGAAAAAUGCGGUAGUUGAACUCAAGAAGAGCAGAAUCAAACUGUUGAUGUAAGGAUUAUUUCAAAAGAUGGGAUGGAAGAUGUCAAUAGUUCAAAGGAAGCCAAAAGUCGGAAGUUGGAGCUCGUUAAGAGUACACAAAGCAAUAUCCCAGGCACUGUUAAGUAUAUGUCAUGGUUCUACAUGUUUAAUUUCUUUGGUAUUUUUCACAUGACAACUAAAUGUGAAAAAAUCAUU